AUGACAUACUUCCGCAUCACCCUCCUCCGCUCCGCCAUCGGCCUCCCGCGCCGCACCACCGGUGUUCUCAAAGCCCUUGGUCUAAAAAAACGUAUGAACACCGUCUUCUACCCCGUUUCAAAGGACGUUGCCGGCCAGAUCAUGAAAGUCAAAGAACUGGUUGCCGUACAAGAGGUUGAUCAGCCGCUGACCAAGGCGGAGCUGCAUUUGGCGCGCAAGCCGGAUCCGGGAUAUUACAUGGAGAAAAGGGGGGCGGAAAUGUGGAAGGAGAGAAGGGAGCUGUGA